GCAUCAUCAUCACCAUCACCAUUAUUAUCAACAUUACCGUCACCGUCACCGUCACCAUCAUCGAUGAAAGUGCCGAACAUCUCUUCAGUGCAGCAAUGUAGGGUGGGUUCUUAUUAUGAUUUUGGUUUAUAAUGUUUUUGGUUUUAGUCACGAUUGAACAAGAAUGGAAAAAAAGCACCAUCAUCAUCAUCACCGUUACUAUCAACAUUACCAUCAGCAUCACCAUCAUCGGUACCUGAUGUUCGAAGAAUAACUCGAUCAAUGUCUAGAGCUGAAAAAAGAGCAUCAUCAUCAUCAAUACAUGUUCCUCAAAGAAACGAGCAACCAACAUCUCAAAAUGAAAGGAGUACCAUGCCUCGAUACUUGCAACCUGAAGUCAUGGUAGCGGCUGUGAAAGAUUUGCAUUGGCGAAAGCCUGUGGAAUUACACAAGUUGCUUAAAGAUAAUGGAGAAGAUUUCUCUCUUUUCAUUAAAGAUGGUGCUGGGUUACGGCAAAAGAUUAGUGUUGAGAAAAUGGUGACAAUGUUACCUAGGCACCUCAUGGUGUUGCUUAUGAAUCCUAACAAAGAAGGCAAGUCUCGAUAUAUAUUGUGUGGGAUCAGACUGUUGCAUACGCUGUGCGACUUAACAUCUCGUCACGCUAGACUCGAGCAGCUCUUGCUUGAGGAUGUGCAAUUGUCAGCACAGAUGAUGGAUCUGCUGAUCUUUGUGAUGAUAACUCUUCCUCGUUAUAGAAAGGAAAGCGUUAAUCCAGAUAAAGAUUCAUUAGUAGAAGCCACAUUGGUGGCUUCUGCUCUCCACCUGUUUCAUGUGUUUAUCUCUCCUUCCUCCCAAGAUCUUGUUCACGUCUUUCUUGCCCACCCGAAGGUUGAUAUGUUUUUAGACACUGCUUUUGGAGCUGUUCUCGGUGUUGUGAUGUCUUUGAAAGCGAAGUUGAUGUAUCAACGAACUGAUUCCCCAAAAAAGUUGGGUCCGAGUUCUCUAGGGGAGGUUAACUUCCACUGCCAACAAGCUGAAGCUGCUUUGCAGUUCCUUCAUUCUCUAUGCCAACAAAAACCGUUUAGAGAACGUGUCGCUAAGAACAAGGAACUAUGUGGAAAAGGUGGCGUCCUUAUGCUAGCUCAAUCGAUACUAUCACUAACUAUUACACCUGAAUUUGUUGGAGCAACCAUUACUAUAGCUUCCACAUCUAGAAUGAAAGCAAAAGUCCUUUCAAUUUUGCAGCUUUUGUUUGAGGCGGAAAGUGUCUCAUUCCUUGACGAGGUUGCAAACGCAGGAAACUUGCAUUUAGCCAAAACUAUUGCCUCAGAGGUUCUUAUAUUAUUGAGGCUUGGCCUUUCUAAAGCUUCCAUGGCUACUGCUUCUCCUGACUAUCCGAUGGGUUUUGUCCUACUUAACGCUAUGCGCUUGGCUGAUGUGCUUACGGAUGACUCAAAUUUUCGAUCUUUUUUCACCGAACAUUUUAGCAUGGUUCUCAGUGCGGUAUUGUGUCUCUCUCAUGGAGAUUUCUUGAAGAUGUUCUGCUCUUCUGAUCUUUCUUCAAGGGAGGACGAUGCAAAUGUUGAUUACGAUCUGUUUAUGUCAGUCGGAUGGGUUUUAAGUUUAUUAUCAUCUUCUGGGCAAGCAGUCAUACCUCAAUUCAAGCUCAGUUUACAAAAUAACCUUACCAUGUCUUCAUAUGCACAUCAACGAACAUCCUUAUUUAUUAAAAUGAUCGCAAAUCUUCACUGUUUCGUUCCCAACAUCUGCCAAGAACAGGAUAGGAACCGUUUCGUUCAGAAUGUUAUGAGUGGAUUGCGAAAAGAUCCUUCAAGCAUAUUAAUUAAGAUGUUACCAGGCUCUUCAUAUACUCCUGUGGCACAGAGAGGCACUGGUGUUUGCAAAAACCUAGGUUCUCUGUUGCGCCAUGCGGAAUCCUUGAUCCCUAGUUCCCUCAACGAGGAAGACUUCCUGCUUUUGAGGGUGUUUUGUGACCAGUUGCAGCCGCUAAUCCAUUCCGAGUUUGAGGAAAGUCAAGUACAGGUGAAGGAUAUUGAAGGUAAGGGAGGAAAUUUAUCUGGUAAGCAGGAGAGAAAAGAGUCGCUGAAUCUUAAUAAUGAAGGAGCAUCAGAGAAUUGUGAUGUCAGAGUUGAAGGUGUGAUAACAAAGCAAGGUGUGAACGAGGAGAUAGAAACAGUCGAACAGUUGAAAGAGAGCGAUGCAGAUGCAAGCAAUCAUGAGACCAGUGGUUCAGAUACAAGCUCUAAUAGAGGGAAGAGUCUGGUUGAUCGGCUUGAAGAUGGAGAGUUGGUUCAGAAAAUGAGCAAGCUGUUGCAAGGCAGUGCGUCAGGAGAGCUGAAGGAGGAUGAGAAAGCUGAAAACUUCCUGGUCUUUGAGAAGCAGAGGGCGAAACGGAAGCGUAGUAUUAUGAAUGACAAUCAAAUGGUGAUGAUAGAGAAGGCGCUUGCUGAGGAGCCUGAUAUGCAGCGGAAUUCAGCUUUGAUACAGUUUUGGGCUGAUAAAUUAAGUCAAAAUGGUUCGGAGGUUAUUACAUCUUCGCAGCUGAAAAACUGGCUGAAUAACCGAAAAGCGAAACUAGCUCGAGCAAACAAGCAAACAGGCCCAGCUCGUGACAAUAACAGCUCAGGGGAUUUACCAGAGAGUCCUGGAGAUGAAAACAACACUUGGCAGGAGAAACCAUUAGCCUCCUUACAAGAUCAAACUGCACAAAACCCGAAAACAGGAGAGAAUGUGAUGAAAUCAUCAUCGUCAUCAGAAGAAAGGAUAAAGCAAGGGCAAGAAGUAAGGCUUAUGGACGAGAGAGGAGACGAGAUUGGGAAAGGAAUGGUGCAGAGAACUGACGGUGAAUGGUAUGGUUUAAGCCUGGAGACAAGCCAGGUUUGCGUAGUUGAUGUAUUGGAGCUUAGUGGGUCAUAUGAUUGGAGCAAAAUGAUCAUCCCUUAUGGAUCUGAUGAUGUUGGGAGGACUUUCGGAGAGGCGACGUUGAAGUUUGGAGUUAUGAGAGUGGCUUGGGAUGUGAGUAAGCUUCAGUAUCAGACUAAGUUGCAGUGAAUUUGAUCAGUAGCUUUUUCUUUUUUAUUUAACUGUUUAGAGAUUCUCUGUUGGGUCCUUUAUUUGAAUGAUUAUUAAUUUAUGGCUUUCUCUCUC